AGAGGAAGAGAAAACCAAAGGAGAAACAGGAGGAUGGCAUCUGGACAACCGUAAACUGUGAAUCGACAGAAUUAGUACCGCGAUGCAAUCUAUUUACUGGACUGGGCGACUUCUGUCGCGCGCGCUCUGGAACGGCAUCGCGAGCUACAGCACCGCGUGCGGCACCGAGCAGCAGCAACCGAGCGCGGUCGUCGCGAGCAGGCGCCGCGAAGCCUCGCUCGUCUCCGCGGUGUGCGGCUUCCCGAAGGACUUCGCCCGGAGCCGAAUACGCAGGGGACAAUUCGGCGACGAUGCCUGGUUCACCGCCCGAUUCAGGACAGCCGAAGUUAUAGGUGUGGCUGAUGGUGUAGGAGGAUGGCGACAUUACGGAAUCGAUCCAGGAGAGUUUUCUAAUUUCCUCAUGAGGACAUGCGAGAGGCUAGUCUCCAUGGGCAGAUUCACACCUACAGAACCAGCCGGCUUAUUAGCACGUAGUUACUAUGAAUUAUUAGAAAAUAAACAACCAAUAUUAGGCAGCAGCACCGCGUGCGUAAUAGUCCUCAACAAAGAGACAAGCAGCAUUUAUGCAGCUAAUAUAGGAGAUAGCGGAUUUGUAGUCGUACGAAGGGGAGAGGUAGUACAUCGGUCCUUAGAGCAACAACAUUAUUUUAAUACUCCUUUCCAAUUAUCGCUGCCACCUCCAGGACACUCUGAUCUAGUACUUCGCGACAGUCCAGAAUCCGCCGACACUUCGAGUUUCGGAGUCGAAGAUGGCGAUGUAAUCCUUCUGGCAACCGACGGGGUAUUUGACAAUGUGCCUGACCAGUUGCUAGUCACCGAGAUGCGUAAGGUCGAAGGCGAGAGAGAUCCAACGAAAAUACAAUGCGUCGCUAACACGAUAGCGUGGAUGGCGCGUCGUUUGGCCUUUGACGGCGCUUUUAUGUCUCCGUUUGCUCAAAAUGCUCGGGAAAAUGGGAUCGAUGCAAUAGGUGGUAAGCCAGACGAUAUCACGGUGCUUUUAGCAACGGUGGCGAUAUGAUAAAACAAUAAGGAACAAGUGUACAAUAGAACCCUAACGAUCAUUGUAUUAUAGUCCAUGUCAUUGCGUAUAUGUAUUUAGUUAUACAUCAUUAUAUUAAUCCUAUUACGCUAAUCAUUUAUUAUUUAAAUCGAAAUAAAUGGUUUUGUAAAAUCACUUCUUAUUCUUCAUUAUUUAUUUUUUUACAAUUCUGAUAAUUACUAACGUACUCUUUGGCGAUUGUGGAUGUGCUUAUUGAUUCAUUCUUUCAGCAUCUAUGUGUCACAUAUCACACGUCUACUUUCGGUAAAUUUGUCACUCUCUUUAAUUGUAUACUGUAUAUAUUUAUAUUUAAAAAUAAAAUAAAAAAUAUUCAAAAACCAAACAAAUCAAAAUUAUCGAGAACAUUCUAUGAUCUUAUAUUUAAUGAAAUAUUGAAAGAGUUAAUAUAAAUAUCUAACAGGAAUCGAUCAAGGAUGUAAUCAUUAUUAAUAAUUGCACUGAUCAGAAUAACAAUGUUAACGUUUAAGAAACAAUUAGCCAUCUCAAAAUUAAAAAUCCAGAAUCGCAACAUCCACGAUACAUUUAUAAAUAUAAUAUAUUAAGUAUUGAUCGAGCUAAGAAUUUAAGAAAUAAAUCGUGCAAAAAAACAUCCCAUAAUCCUGGAAGCCAAAUAUAAGAAAAAUAAAUAUGUGCAAAUCUAAGAAAUUAGAAUAUCAACAUUCGAAUAAUAAUUAGUAUUUAAAAAAUAAAAAAUUCAAAGCAUUCAUCUUAAGAUAUUAAAAAUCGCGAUUAGAGAGAAUGACAAUUAUUCCUUGCAAUCGCGCGGGAAUUUAAAUUUCUUAUUUCUUUGUCUAAAUCGGUAUUCUGCAAAUAAAUUGCAUUUGACAUUUACAGAUGAUCUGUAUUAAAAAUUCAUAAUUGUUUAGCUUAGGAUAUCAUUGUACAUAGCACUCACGAGGAUCACAGAAAAAGUUAUACUUAAGCUGAUUAAUCACACUUGGUAAAGUGAUGUUCAUCUUUUUCAAAAA